GCUCAAGGAGGGAGUAACCAUGAGCUCACAAGUGGUGUGGGACAACAAGGUGCGGAACAUGGAGGGAGUGGGCCAGCCUAUCUACGGAGUGGCGUUCCAGCCGACGGGUCCGCACCUGGUGGCGGCAGUGGGCCACCGGGUGCUGGUGUACGACAUGGACACAGGCGAGCUGGUCAAGGGCCUCAAGGGCCACAAGGCCCCGGUGUACUGUGUCGCCUACUCGCGUGAUGGGACGCGGUUUGCUUCAGGCUCGGCUGACAAGCAUGUUAUCAUCUGGACCUCGGAGCUGCAGGGCAUUCUGCGGUACAAGCACCACGAGCCGGUCUACUGCAUGGCGUACAACCCGGUCUCACAGCAGCUGGCAUCGUGCACAGGCUCGGACUUUGGCCUUUGGUCGCCGGAGCGCAACGAGGUGGACAAGACCAAGGUCUCAUCGCGGGUGGUUUCGUGCGCGUGGACGCCCGAUGGGCAGAACCUUGCGCUCGGCAUGUGGGACGGCACGCUCUCCAUCCGCAACAAGGACGGCGAGGAGGUGGUCAGCGUCUCGCGCGGAACCGAUCCGGUGUGGUGCCUUGCGUGGCGGCCGUCGCUGGUGGGCUCGCCGGUGCUGGCGGUCGGCGACUGGUCGCAGAAGCUCUCGUUCUACUCGGUGACCGGGCGCCAACUUGGGCGCGAGGUCGAGCUCGGCUUUGACCCGACGUCGCUGGCGUUUUGGAACGGUGACGACGAGUAUAUGCUCAUUGGCGGUUCCAACUCUGCGCUCUCGCUGUAUUCGCGAGAGGGGGUGGCGCUCGGUGAGGUUGUGGGCCGUGACGGGUGGGUGUGGGCGGCGGCGCAUCGGGCCGAGACCUCGGCGGUUGCCAUCGGAACAGCCGACGGCUCGAUCUCGCUCCACGAUGUGACUUACUCAACGGUCCACGGCCUGCAUCAGCAGACGUACGCGGCGCGCAAGGCGAUGACGUCGGUGACGGUUCAGGAUCUCAUUACCGAAGACAAGACGCUGGUGCCUGUCCGCGACCAUGUGCUCAAACUCGCGGUCUACACCUCGCGGCUUGCGGUCCAGACGCCGUCGAGCGUUGUAGUGUACGAAUUGUACGGGACCGAGGAUGGCGUCCACUUGCCGGGCACUGUGCCGUCGGCGCUCAAGGCUGGCGACAUGGAGGCGUCGGACGCUGACAGCGGCUCCGAGUCUGACGGCGACGGAAUCAAGUUCCGCGAGCUGGCGCGGCUCGAUGUGGGCAAGACUGAGUGUUCGUUGCUUGUGGUGACAGCCGAGCACGUGGUGCUCUGCCACGAGCGGUCGCUGGUCAUGUUUGGCUUUGACGGGAGUCGGCUCCGCGAGUGGAACCUGGCAUCCCUGGUGCGGUAUGUCAAGGUGUUGGGCGGGCCGGUCGGCGGCGAGGGUCUGCUUGUGGGCAUGCGGUCGGGCGAGGUGGUCAAGGUUUUUGUCAACUCGCCAUUCCCGGUCAAGCUCAUCGACCAGGGCGCGUCGAUCCGGUGCCUGGACCUUUCACAGUCACGGAUGCGACUAGCGGUUGUGGAUGAGCACCACAACCUCAUGGUGUACAGCGUGACAUCGGGCGAGCUCGAGUUUAGCGAGGCCGACGUCAACUCGGUCGCCUUUAACGCCCACCACGAAGACAUGCUCGCGUACUCGACGCGGAGCGAGACCAUUUUUGUCAAGGCCGGCAAGUUUCCGGCCAUUCCGCGGAAGCAGAAUGGGUUUGUGGUCGGCUUUAUGGGCUCGCGGCUGUUCUGCCUCGACGCACUGGCCAUGAAGCCGAUCGAGGUCCCGCAGUCGGGCCCGCUGCACCAGUAUCUGAGCGUCAAGGACUUUGGCAACGCGUACGCCGUGGCGUGCCUGGGCGUAACCGAGGCUGACUGGUCGCGGCUCGCGCAUGACGCGCUCAUCAAUCUCGAGCUCGGCAUUGCACGCAAGGCCUUUACCCGCAUCCGCGAGCUGCGGUACAUUGAGCUAGUAGACUCGAUCGAGCGGCAGGCGGCGAUUCAAGGUGCCGACGACUCGGUGCUGAUGGCUCACAUCCUGGCGUUUCAGGGCAAGAUUGCGCAGGCGGGCAAGCUGUACCAGCGGGCCAACAAGCCACAGCUUGCGUUGGACAUGUACGUCGACCUCGGCGAGCUCGACGAGGCUGAGCAGGUGGCGGCCAAAUACGGCAUUCCCAUGGAGCAGCUGAUGAAGAAGCGCGAGGCAUCGGUGGUCGGCUCGGGCGACUGGCGGGCGCUGGUCGAGCUGUACCACUCGUCGGGCCAGCACGAUAAGGUGGUGUCGACCAUUGCCGAGGCGCUUGCCGAGUCUGCGGGCGGCUCAACUGGCGACAAGCUGGACAUGCUGGCACAGGUAGUGGGCGGACUCUCGGCGCAGGAAAAGGGCCCAUUGCGCGAGGCAGCCAAGCUCUUGCGCGCCCACGAGCAGUACGAGGCGGCGCUGGAGGCGUACGAGAAGCUUGGGGACGUCAAGUCGCUCGUCGAGCUGCAUGUCAAGCUCGCGCACUGGAAAGAGGCGUUUGCGGUUGUUGCCGACGUGCCGGCGUACGCGCAGGAUGUGUACGUGCCGUAUGCCGAGUGGCUGUUGGAGCGCGACGAGUUUGAGGCGGCCAUCAAGGCGCUGGGCAAGUCGGGCUCGCGUGAAAAGUCGAUCAAGCUUCUUGAGGCGCUCAUCACCAAUGCGGUUUCUGAGCGCCGGUUCGGCCCCGCUGCGCACUACUACUGGUGGCUCGGCAUGCAGUACCUUUCCGAGGUCAAGUCCGAGGUCUCGAGCCUGUCGUCAAGCGACAAGAAGAAGCUCAAGAAGUUUUCCGUUUACUACUACAAGGCCGAGAUCUACUACGCGUUCCAGUUUGUGUCGGCGUACAUUGACGAGCCAUUCAACCCGCACCUCGGCUCGCAGGACGCAGUCUUCAACAUCACCCGCUACCUGCUCACUCGAAUCGAGCGGGUCGCGCCGCGCGGAGUCUCCAAAGUCUACACGCUUAUUGCGCUCGCGCGGCUUGGGCUCGACUGCGGGGCGUACAACCUGGCGCGGUCGACGCUCGACAAGCUGACGGCGCUGGUUGUCCCGUCCAAGUGGCUGUACGAGCUCGACGCGAUGGCAAUUGCGACGCGGAGCAAGCUCAAUGAUGAGCCGACGCUGCGCGACCUGCACCCGCGGUGUGCGCGCUGUGGGGCGCUCAAUGCGCUUGUCCCGCGCAACGGGGCGUGUGCCACGUGCCACCACGAGUUCCAGGUCUCGUUCUACUCGUUCGACACGCUCCCGCUUGUCGAGUUUGUCCUCCCGGACUCGAUUUCCGCCGACGCCGCCAAGGAUCUCAUCCGCACAGAUUCGCUUGCCAAGACGCCGUUGGCGCGCAAGCUCGCGGCUGCGCAGCUGGAAGCUGACGCGCCGGCUGUGCCGACAUUCACCCUGCCCGGGAACAGUGUUGGUAACAGUAGCGGCGGUAGUGGGUCGUCACGGCGGUGGCGCGAGUCGGCUCGCGGCGACGGCGGGGCGCAGACGCUGUCGCUGGCCUCGGGCGCUGAGCCGGAGGACGGCUCGUCGCGGGGCCUGGUGCAAGAGCUGUUUGGCGACCAGUUGAUGGCGGUGACAUCGUCAGACACGUACGUUCCGUUUGUCAUCUCGCGUGCUGGCCUUGCGGCGCUCGACGCCUCGCAGGUUCUUGUUCGGGAGUGGGCGUGCCCGGCCAUGCGGGCGCAGUUCUACCUCAACAUCACGCCUGCCUUUCCGGUCUACGCCUGCGCGGCGUGCAACCACGUUUACCACGAGGCCGACUACGAGCUGCACAUCCUCGAGUCGGGCCUCUGCCCCAUGUGCACCUCGCCGUUCAAGGACAACGUCAGCGGCGGCAGCGGCUCCAUCGAAGAUCUGGACAUUUCGACGUCUGGGCUGUUAGAUGACGACGACUUGUAGCAACCCCCCCAUCGCAAACACAUCCGGUCGCCGACA